UUAUGAAAUCAUUCAGUAACCCUUUUACUGAUCAUCUUUGUAUUUUGCAGUUCAAAGAAUUCCUGGGAACCUAUAAUAAACUGACAGAAAACUGUUUCAUGGACUGUGUUAAAGAUUUCACUACAAGAGAGGUCAAGCCAGAGGAGACCUCAUGUUCUGAGAGCUGCUUACAAAAGUACCUAAAGAUGACGCAGAGGAUCUCCAUGCGCUUCCAGGAAUAUCACAUCCAGCAGAAUGAAGCUUUGGCUGCUAAAGCCGGCUUGUUAGGACAACCGCGAUAGUCAACUGCUGCUGGACUGAACCCCACAGCAUUAUUCCAGCGUGGAGCAGGGCCCUCCAAACUGGAGCAGCAGGACACGGGACUCAGGCACUGGGAGUAGUGUGAGAAGCCCUCACGUUUUCCGGCUCUUCGGAUUACUGGAUUGUUGGGAUUUUUGGUUUCCAAAAAGGACAGACGCUCUCAUUUUGACUGUAAAACCACGUGAAAGAUCUUUGUUUUUGUUAGAAUAAUGCAAAAUGAAAUGUUAGUCAACUCUAAUAUUCAGUUUUGUUCAUGCAUAAUUUAUCUAAUGAAAUAAAAACAAAAUGCUUAACAAGGA